UCCACUACUUUUCAAAAGAAUUUUUCUAUUUAUUUUUCAUUUUAGAUGAAAUGAUGCCCUUCUGAGUGAGUACCAAAUAGCCAUUGAAAAUGUACAUUUGCAUUGAUUUCAUGCCAAACAUGUGAAUCAUGUGAUUAGAAUUCCCAUAGUCUUAAACCCAACAAAGUCUCAUGUGCUAUCAGACCUAAUGCUGUAUUUCAAGUGACAGGUAUGGAGUAAGGGUAGGGAUCAAAGGCACGGGUUUUAGAGUUAAGUGGAUCCGUAUUCUAGCUUUUCUAAUACCAGAUGUGGGACUUCAGACAAGGUAGAGUAAUUUCUCAAAUUUCAGUUUUCUCACUAGUAAAAUGGGGAUAAUAACAUCUAUUUUACCCUCAUGUUGUGAGAAUUGAAUGAGUACAUAUAUGAAAAGUAGUUAUCACUGGACUCAGCAUAUAGUAAAUGUUCAAUAUGGUAGCUAUUUUUAAGACAGGCUUAUAUGUAAUUUUUCUAGUGUAAUCCUUUUAUGAAUUUUGUUAAAUAUUCACCUUCAGUGGGAAGAAAGCACAAUCAUCCUGCCUCGGCAGAAUUCUGACUGGGAGAGUGUCUUUUUUUUUUUAAAAACAUGUUUAUUGGAGUAUAACUGCUUUACAAUGUUGUGUUAGUUUCUGCUGUAUAACAAAGUGAAUCAUCUAUAUGUAUACAUAUAUCCCCAUAUCCCCUAGGGAGGGUGUCUUUUGAUGUGCUGACUAGAUUCUGUCACAAAGUGGUAAUUUUGAUUAAAUGAAGAGGUCAUCAGUUAAAGUGGUCACCUCCCUAUUUCCACAGUCCUCCUUACCCCACCUCAGCUCUCCAAGUACUCUGGAACCUUUUCUGCAGAGGACAGCGAUCUAGCUUUCGGUAGAACUCGAGUGCUAGCUCAAUGCGCAUCUCCUUACUAAACUCAUCACGAGUAGGACGUGUUUUAAUGACAGAAAAAGAGGUUAUUCAAAGUUUAUAAAGAAAGAAAGCAGGAAGGAAGGAAAAAAGAGGAUGAACAAUAAAGAGAGUUGGUUUUGUUUCUUUAACCACGCUCCAAAUUACUGGCUUCAAACUAGUCCAAGGAUCCAAACUGUGGGGAUGUGGGUCACACUCACUCUGAUACGCAGCCAACUGCGUAAAGAAGCUGACAUAAAACUCAAAGGAAGUCCUGACUCUUGCAAAAGACAAAGGGUGCACAAAAGAUAAUUCAAAUGGGAAAAUUGCCCGCUAGUCCCAGCUCAGCCCAAGGCUUUCCACAUCUCCUCGACAUCAGUCAGCUGGUUGUCAGCUGUACGUCAAGCAGUUUUGAUACAGGGUCUGAAGAAAACACUUAAGUGUAAAACUUAUUCCCUGAUCCCCAAGGAGUUUACAACAGCGCUGGAGGGAUUAGCCCUGUAACUAACACUACAGGGCGGUCAAUGAAACGUGACAAACGAGUUGGCAGAGGCCUUGAAGGCAGAAGAAUUCACAGUUAGGGAUCAUUUGGGGGUAGGGGCUUGUCAAGGAAGGCUUUAAGAAAUGGGAUAUAAGCUAGGCGCAAAGCGGCGGGUAGGAUUUUAGGCGUGCGGGACGCUGUGACGUUGCAGGUUGAAGACUGACCAAGGCACGCGGGGGUGGUGCGUAGGGCGGAGCCGCCUGACUCCUCGGGCCACGGCGCGUGCGCCGCUAACGCUCCCGCCGGGAGCGCUGCCCGUGGGAAGCCCGCCAGGGCCCGCGAGCGCGAGACCCCAAGCGCCAAGGCGGGAAAAGUCGGGCGCAUGCGCAGCUCGGAGCUUCGGGCUCGCUAGGAUGGGGAAGUGGAGGAGGAGUUUCCUAGAGGGAACUUGACCCGUUAGCAGCCGCGGCCAUGGCGGCGCGCUUGCCACCCUCACAGCUCCCUCCGCCCGCCGCGCGACAGUUGGGGCCCUGGUCCUUACGUGUCGGGCUGGGAGCUGUGGCACACGAAGUGCUAAGCGAGACUUCGGGUCUUGCGGGCGCAGCGCGGGAGGGCGUCGUGGACAAAAGCGAUUUACCCCGGCGGGGCGAAGAAGGGUCAGAGGGCCAGCGAGGGCCAGGGGGGACAGCUGCGGCUCAGGCUCCCCUCCUCAGCGCGCCCAUGGGGUCCAUGCGACUAGAGGGCAUCUCGGUAGAGGAGGCGAUGGUGACCCGGACGCAGCUGCUGGAGGAAGAGCUGAGCAGCGUAAAGGAGGAGCUGGCCCUGUGUCAGGCUGAUAAAGAAUUCGUAUGGUCUUUGUGGAAACGUCUCCAGGUGACAAACCCAGAUCUCACACAAGCAGUCAGUUUGGUUGUGGAAAGAGAAAAACAGAAAUCCGAAGCAAAAGAUAGAAAAGUUUUAGAAAUUCUGCAAGUCAAGGAUGCUAAAAUACAAGAAUUGGAACAGAGAGAAUCAGGACUAAAACAGGAAAUAAAUGACCUUGUGAAACAGAAGAUUGCAGUAGAUGAAGAAAAUGCUUUCUUAAGGAAAGAAUUCAGUGACUUGCAGAAGAAAUUUAAAGAUAAAAGUCAAGAAGUUAAGGACACUAAGGAGUGUGUACAGAAUAAGGAAGAGCAAAACAGACUGGUUAUAAAAAAUCUGAAGGAGGAAAAUGAGAAAUUAAGUACCCACUGCACUGACCUGCUAAAUGACCUGGAGAAACUGAGGAAGGAGGAAGCACACUGGAGAAAAGAAAAGUGUAGCAUUGAUGCAAAAAUAAAGGCCUUUGAAGACAAUUUAAUCGAAGCAAGGAAAGAAAUUGAAGUUUCACAGAGUAAAUAUAAUGCUCUAUCAUUACAGUUGAAUAAUAAACAGACUGAACUUAUCCAGAAGGAUAUGGAUAUUACCCUUGUCAGGAAAGAGUUGCAGGAGCUGCAGAAUCUGUACAAACAGAACAGUGUGCAUACAGCACAGCAAGCAGAACUGAUCCAGCAGCUUCAGCUUCUGAAUAUGGACACACAGAAGGUACUGAGGAACCAGGAAGAUGUUCACACAGCUGAAAGUAUAUCGUAUCAAAAACUUUACAAUGAGUUCCAUAUUUGGUUUGAAACCACAAAAUCAAGUGAAGCUAUGCUCCGACAAAGUGUUGUUAAUCUUCAGGAUAAGCUAUUUCAAAAAGAGCGGGAAAAUGCUAAAUUAAAAGAAAAGCUUCAGGAGUCACAAGGAGCACUCUAUCCUUUACCUCAAGAAUAUGAUUCAGACCACUCAGAACAGCCACCUUUAUCGAGCUUAGAAACCUUAAUGGUCUCACAGAAGUCUGAAAUUGAGUAUUUACAGGAGAAACUGAAAAUAGCAAAUGAAAAACUAUCAGAGAACAGAUCUACCAACAAGGGUUCUUCAGAGAAGAGCAUCUUGACAAGUACUGAAAGGAAACAUAAGGAACCACCUGUGAAACGCUCAAGGUCUUUGUCCCCAAAGAGCUCUUUCUUAGACUCAGAGGAGCUAAAGAAGCUGAGAAAUGCUGAAAGAAAGAUUGAAAACUUAGAGAAGGCACUACAGCUAAAGAGCCAAGAAAAUGAUGAGCUAAGAGAUGCCCAUGAAAAACACAAGGAAAGGCUACAGAUGUUACAGACCAACUACAGAGCAGUAAAAGAGCAAUUAAAACAGUGGGAAGAAGGCAGUGGCAUGAUGGAAAUCAGGAAAAUAAAGAGAGCAGAUCCCCAAAAACUUCGACAAGAAGAUUCUGACGCUGUAUGGAAUGAACUGGCCUAUUUCAAAAGGGAGAACCAGGAGCUAAUGAUUCAAAAGAUGAAUCUUCAAGAAGAAUUGGAUAAACUUAAAGUACAUAUGCCUGUUGAUAAAGCAGCAAUACAAGAAUUGAAUACAUUUAUGGCAGAGAGAAGAGAAGAAGAACUCUUUAGAUACGGUGAAGAUGAUGGGGUCAAGAAGAGUACUCCAGAGAAGAAUUGGAAAGAAAUGUCGGAGCAGACAUUGCAGAAGGUCAUUGAAUUGGAAAAUCGGCUAAAAUCUUUUGAGAGAAGGUCACGAAAAUUAAAAGAAGGGAAUAAAAAAUUAAUAAAAGAAAAUGAUUUCCUGAAAACCCUUGUAAAACAGCAACAAGAAGACGCAAAGACCAGAGAAAAAGAGCUGGAACAACUGCAAAAGGGAAGUAAAGAUGUAGAAAAAGACAAAGCUGAACUUCAAGCAAAACUCAGUGAGCUGGAGAUAGAAGUCACUUCCCUAAGGAGACAAGUGGCAGAAGCUAAUGAGUUGAGAAAUGAAAAUGAAGAGCUGAUGAAUUCAGUGGAGAAAUUACAGCGUUCAGCAGACAAAGCUAAAUCUGAGAUGGCCACCACAGAAGUGAGAUCUGGAUCUAGACAAUCUGAUUGUAAGGCAACCACUACAAAGGUUAAAUUUAAAGCGGCCAAGAAGAAGUGCUCCGUGGGUCGUUACCACACUGUUCUCAAUCACUCCAUCAAGGUCAUGAGCAAUGUGUUUGAGAACCUCAGCAAGGACGACUGGGAGGAUGUGUGUGAAAGCAGUGAUUCUGAAAUACAGACCUUACAAAAUUUGGGAACAAUUAUUGUAGAAACAUCCCAGAAAAUAAGUCCUACAGAGGAUAGAGGAGACCAGAAAGAAAACCAAACAGAAGACAGCCAAAUGCAAGGAAAAGAAAUAGUACAAAUAUAUCCAAAUGUAAAUGGAAAGACUCCAAAGAAUUAUUUUCACAAGAAUGCCAAAAAACCAACUUUUCAAAAGAAGAAUAGUAAUAUUCAAAAGAGUUCACAUACGGCAGGUCCUACCAGAGUUAACAGAGAAAAUUGGAAAAAUAUAACGGCCCAGAAGUCAAAUAGCGGUAUUAUUUUAUUACGAGAACGUAUAGUAUCCUUGCAACAACAGAACAGUGUACUUUUGAAUGCCAAAAAAGCAGCAGAACUGGCUAUUAAAGAAUAUAAAGAAGUCAAUGAAAAGCUCCUUCACCAGCAGCAAGUGUCUGAUCAGCGGUUUCAAACAAGCAGACAGACAAUAAAGAAGCUAAAUUUGGAUUUGGCUGAGCUUCGGAAAGAAAAAGAAGAUUUACUAAAGAAAUUGGAGUCUUCAUCCGAAAUCACAAGUUUGGCUGAAGAAGUUGACCGGAUAACUGUUCCACGGAUACAAGUUACAUCACUUGGCCCUUCAAGGAGCAUGGAUUUGGAAAUGAAGCAAUUGCAGUGUAAACUAAAGAAUGCAACUAAUGAACUCACUAAACAAUCAUCAAACUUGAAGUCUCUGAAAUUUGAACUCCUAGCAAAAGAAGAACACAUAAAGGAAAUGCAUGAAAAGAUGUCUCGAAUGGAGAGAGAUAUAACCAUGAAAAGACAUUUGAUAGAGGACUUGAAAUUUCGACAGAAAGUAAAUUUGGAAAGUAAUGAGAGUAUUAAUGAAAUGCUAGAAAAUCUUGAAAAAAAGGUGAAAACAUUAACUGAAGAGUGUUCCAACAAGAAGGUAUCAAUCGAUUCACUAAAACAAAGACUUAGUGUCUCUGUAAAAGAGAAGUCACAGUAUGAACAGAUGUAUCAGAGAACUAAAGAGGAGUUAGAAAAAAAGGAUCUCAAGCUUACUUUCCUCAUAUCAAAAAUAAAUGAGGCUGAAUCUGCCAUGGCAGAAAUUGAAACAGCAGCAUCUAAGCAUCUUCAAGGAUUAGCAAUGCAAAGUGAGCAGGCCCUAGAAGGUGCACAGAAGAAAUUGCUGCUAGCCAAUGAGAAAGUGGAAGAGUUCACCAUAUUUGUGAAGGCUUUGGUCAGAGAGUUACAAAAUGAUGUCCAUUCAAUAAGGCGACAAAUCAGAGAACUUAAAAAGAUGCAGAAAAACAGGGAUGCUUGUAAAACCUCAACCCAUAAAGCCCAGACCUUGGCAGCGUCUAUCCUGAACAUUUCACGGUCAGAUCUAGAGGAAAUAUUGGACACAGAAGAUGAAGAAGAAAUGGAAAGGACAAAGAUCGAUGCUGAAAAUGACAAGGAAUGGCUGUUGUACAUUCAGAAACUUCUUGAAGGACAGCUUCCUUUGGCCACAUAUUUACUAGAAGCAGUACUGGAGAAAAUAAAUGAAAAAAAGAAACUAGUUGAAGAAUAUUUUGCAAUUAUGAAAGAUAUUAGAUGAUAUUAUGAUUAAGAACAUUUUUUCAAACGUGAAUACUUUAUGUGGUGUGAUCGGAAAACAUGCAUUGCAGUCCUGAUAACAGUAUCUGCUCCAACUAUCAAUAAUCAGGGUCAAUACCAAAAUAAGAAGUCUGUGAAACCAAUUAAUUGCUGCACAAGUGAAACUAAUUAAGUGCACAGCCAUUUAGAAGGAAAUAGUGUAGCAUUUGAUUGUUGAAUACAAAUAUUGCCACAAAUCAAUGCAAACUUGAAAAUGAUAUUCUUUCCAGUAUAUUAGAAGGAAUUAGAACAAGCUUGGCAUACACAAAUUGGUCUGAAUAGCAAAAGAAAAAAGUGUGAACUGAGGAUUUAAUGUUCUGAGUUUUAUAAAGACACUACACUUUUUACAUAAACCUGCUAUAAAUGGCCUUAAAUCACCUGAUGAGCAACACAUUUGAAUUGUAAACAAAUAUAAAGUAAAGCAUUAUCACUUAAGGAUGAGCAUUUAAUGAAAUAAAUGGUGUGGUCCAAUUGUAUCUGUUCUCAGUCUACUGGGUUAUAUAGGAGAUAUUGUAUUUUCCUAGAACAGUUCAGCAAAAAUAAAAACAUUUUCUCCUUUGCUCCCUCUGUUUUUUUUUAACUCGCAGUAUUUUGUGUGGUCAUACAAAUUAGCAAGGGCCACAAACCCAGUGUAUUAGUUAGGCUAGUUCUCACAGUGUGCUAAUUAAAUUAAAUUCUUAACAAUGAGCAUCUAUCCUUAUUUAGAUUCCCGAACAUUCCCAAGCCAUUUCCCAUCUUUCUGUGUUGCUGCCACACCUGACUUUUUGGUUCUUCCAAUUCACCAGACUUGUGCCUGCCUCCAGCCUUUGCCCUUGCUGUUCUCUCUUUGUAGAAUACUCUGUACUCUUUUCUCAUGACUGGCUCCUGCGUAUCAUUCAGGUUUACCUUACAUAUUUCCUCAAAGAAGCAUUCCCUGGCCAUCUUGCUAUUAAUUUCCUUUAUAACACAAAAGCAUCUUUUACCUCUUCACUUAUUUUCUUGUUAUCCCCCCUCCCCUGCUUUAAAAUAUAGAUCCCAUGAGGUUAAGGCAAGGGUUGGCAAAUCAUGACCCACAGGCCAAAUCUGGCCUGCUACCUGUUUUUGUGUGGCUUACAGUAAGCUAAGAAUGAUAUUUACAUUGUUAAAUGCCUUUAAAAAAAAUAAAAA